UAUAAGAAUCAGGGUAGCUCUAAGCAAUUUCCCUCUACAGAUUCAGAGAUUUGAGCUGCAUAAUCAACCCGUGUGUUAGUUUCUUGCUUCAUAAAUUUUCAAAGUUCAUAAAUUUUUCAAUUUUCCGGUAAUCAGUUUUGUAGAAAGCUGCAAUGAAGAUCAACCUCAUCUUUUUUUCGGUGGUUUUGCUUCUUCCUUUUAAUGCAAUAGUAGCAAUACAGGAGGCCAAAUCAUGGGAUGAAUUUGAAUCCAUUAUGACGAAAGGUGGCUGUUUUUGUUUGGUUCUACUCGACUAUCCUACGAAAGAAGAUAGUAUAAAAAUCAUGAACGAAGCCUGCAAUAGUUACCCAAAAGUCAAAUGCUACUAUGGAAUGGCAGAUCCCAAAGCUCCACCAACUUCUUUCAAUGUACAUUACCAUAGCGUAGGCAUUCCUGCAUUAUAUUACUACAAAGAUGGUAAACUGAUAACUACCAUCGACCACCCAAGCGAUGUCGAUACAACUAGAGGCGAAAUUGAAGCAGGACUCGCAUCGUUGAUGUAAUAUUCCACAUGCGCUACACUGUAUCAUUGAAAACAAUAAUAUGAUUAUUCAAAAUUCCAGUAUGUGAGAGUUGUUUGUUUGUAAUACUAUAUAUUUCUUCUAUGAAACUUCUGGUUUCAAACUUAAUCAUCAAUAAAUUAUUAUUGCAAUAAUUAUGCUUCAAUAUUC